AUGACCGUAACUGAGCAGAAACCCUCCUGGCAAGAGUCGGCCCUCCAGGUCCAGGCUGUGCGGGAUCGUUCCAUAAAGCAGGUUGACCCCGCCAUCGCUGCUCUUCGCGAUACACAUACUGGCCGGGUGAUCGAUUUCCCCAGAAAGCAUCUGUCGCAGACAGAGAUCACGAUCACAGAGAGCUCCGCUGAGACAUUGGUGGCUUCCCUUGCAACGGGUAAACUAACUGCAAUCGCGGUAACAAAUGCCUUUCUUCGGCGGGCCGCGAUCGCCCAGAAGCUAACCAACUGCAUUUACGAGCUUCUCCCCGACCGUGCCAUUGCCCGAGCCAAAGAGCUCGAUGAUUAUCUUGCAAAGCACGGAAAGCCUUCUGGUCCGCUUCACGGUUUACCAAUUAGCGUCAAGGCACAUGUAGGCCUCAAGGGACGAGACCUGGCUGCUGGAUUCGUCGCUUGCCUCGACCAGGUCGGCAAAGAUGAUGCGAACAUUGUGAAAAUCCUCUUGGAUGCUGGUGCAGUUGUUUAUGCAAGAACAACCGAGCCACAAGGACUGAUGGCUCUUGAAACUCGCAGCAAUAUCACCGGUACCACCACCAACCCACAUAACACCGCUCUUACAGCAGGUGGUUCUUCUGGUGGAGAGUCAGCUUUACAAGCCCUCUAUGGCAGCCCUCUUGGAAUUGGCUCCGACAUUGGUGGUAGUAUUCGCUCCCCCGCCGCCAAUUGUGGCCUUUACGGCCUGAAGCCAUCAACUGGUCGACUACCACUAAUCGGAUGCGCUUCCUAUCUUCUCGGAUGUGAGGCAAUUAUGGGAACGCUUGGGCCUCUUUCACCAACAAUUGGCGGUAUUGAACUCUUCAUGAAGACGAUAAUCGAAUCAAAGCCUUGGACCACAGACUCCAUGAUGCUUCCAAUUCCCUGGAGAGACCAGGAGAAGCACAUUCACGUGGAUAACAAGAAGUUAACAGUCGGUGUGAUGUGGACAGAUGAUGUCGUUACUCCCGCACCGGCAGUGACAAGAGCAUUGAAGGAAGUGGUUGAGCGUCUUAAAUUGGUGGAUAAUAUCGAGGUUAUUGAAUGGAAAGCGUAUCAACAAAAGGAGGCUCUCGAGAUUCUUACCCGACUUUAUGCUCCAGAUGGCGGAAAGGCAUUUGCCAGGAAUGUCGAGGCCUCUGGUGAACCAUUUACGCCGCUCACUGCUUGGACUUUGCGGGAUACCCCUGGCAUUGAAGAACUUACCCAUCAGGGCUUGUGGGAUUGGACUGGAAAACGGGAGGCGUUCCGCUAUGGUUAUUUGCAAGAGUGGAAUAAUGUUGCGCCCGAAAUGGAUGUUAUACUCUGUCCCGCAUUCCCCACGCCCGCCCCCCUUCACGACACUUCGAGAUACUGGGGUUACACUUCGUUAUUCAAUCUUCUUGAUUAUCCAGCGCUUGUGUUCCCCGUCACCAAGGUGGAUCCUGAUAGAGAUGCCAAGGACACUACUUACACUCCGAAAAACGAAUUCGAUAGCUGGGCAUAUGAGCAUUAUGACCCAGUAAAGCAAACGGAUGCACCUGUUUCUUUGCAGCUGGUUGCUAAGAAGUUUGAGGAGGAAAAGUUACUUCAGGCAUUCAAAGAGAUCCAAGAGAAAAUUAGCCUGCCAUUUGUGAACUGUCUGGUUUGA